AAAGGCCCGGACUCGCCUCCUCCUCCUCCCCCACAACUCGCCAACGCCUAAUCCGUCUCCGCCACCGGCCAGCCAGAGAGCGAGCGAGCGAUUCGCCGCCGCCGUCACCGCUGCCGCCGGCGUCGAGCCUGCAGGGAGCGAGCCCCUGUCGCCACCCAACAGCCUCACCCUCGCGGCCCCCGCGUCUCCCGCGAGAAUCGCGCCCGCCCGCCUAGGGUUUCCGCCGCCGCCGGAGAGGAGGGGAACCAGAGCGACGAGAUGGCAGGGCGGCUCCUCGGGCAACUCCUCGUCAUGGGCGGCGCCGUCGUCGGCAGGGCCGUGGUGCAGGCCUACCGCCAGGCCAUCGUCAAUGCACAGAGAACCGGAGCUGCCCAGGAAGCUGUGAAUGGUAUUCGAAGGGCUAGCAAGGCUAUGACCGAGCAAGAAGCCCGGCAAAUAUUAGGUAUCAGUGAAAAGACGAGUUGGGAAGAGAUUGUCAAGAAGUAUGAUACGAUGUUUGAGAAGAAUGCCAAGAGCGGAAGCUUCUAUCUCCAAUCGAAAGUACACCGGGCCAAAGAAUGUCUGGAGUCCAUAUACCAUGAUAAGCCCGACAUAAUGAACUGAACUGAGAUGGGCAGCGUUUCGUCUAAUCGAUCGAUUUUGUCAGUCGAUGUUCUGUCUGAGCUAUGCUGGGCUGCUGCAUCAGGUCAAAUUUGGUUGUAACAGGAAGUUUGUUCCACUUGACUCGAAUAAUAUAUUCAACAAAAGGAACACCGUUUGAUUUGUUUU